GCGGUCUGUGCCGGUUCAACUGCCCUGUACCACAUGCGCGUGCGUUUCCCUCCGAAAUUUAAAUAAAAAAAGGUACUGCCAAUUUCUUUAUUUUUUCGGCCGAGUACCGCGCGGUUAAUUUUUCGAUUUUCUUAAGCCUCGCCCCCCCGCACGCUGGAGAUCCCUCCGGGUGUCAAUCGAUUCGCGGCCGAGGCCAUGAGUUCGAAGACGGUGGUCCGCGAGCGAGUUCCCAAAUGGCCGCUGAUAGCCGCUGUGGUGGCUUCGUUGUCCGUUAUGUCGGCCGUCACGCUGAUGGCCGCCGUGGCGUGGACGACCGUAGGCUACGGGACGUCCACUUCCGCCGGCUACUUGGACAUCGUCACCGAAUUCGUGGCCGUCAACGACACCGGCGACAAUGGAAACUUGGACGACUCGUUCGAUUUGCAAGCUGACGAAUCUCGAACGAUAUCAAUGGUCCCCGAACCGAUUAGAAAAAAAUCAUCUUUUAACGAUUUCCACGAUAGUAGUAGAUUUGAUAAGGAGUUUGUCAAGCCUAUAAAAUCAAUUCCAGAGUCGCUGCACGCUCACGAUAUUCUAUACGGCGGUCAUCAAGUCGAUCAAGAAAAGCUAAUCAAACACCAUUCGGGUCAAUUUCGGAACAAAACGGCUUCCGUCUGGGACCCUCAUCCCGAAUAUGAAUUCACGGCUUUCGGACAUCGUUUUCAUCUAAAACUCAUUCACGAUUCGAAAUUCGUCUUGCCCGAUCUCAAAGUCACUCACAUGAAACAAAACACAUCUUGGAGGGAAUCGCCAAAUAUAAAGGUGGAUGGAUGCUUUUACUCAGGGAACGUUUCCGGCGAAUCGGGCUCUAUUGUGGCAGUCAGCUUAUGCGAUGGAAUGACCGGUCACAUCCGAACGGCUGCCGGUGACUAUUUCAUCGAACCCGCUGAGACCGCCAACGACCACGUGACUCCCGUUCUACACGUCAUUUACAAGACACGUUCGCCGACCACCGUUACCGAGAGUGGCAACGGUCCACCGCAAGAACGGUCGCAUCAAUCGUCACAUCAGCCGGAACCGAACUGUGGAGUACAAGAUAACGAAGUUACCAGCGACUCGGAUACUGUAAUGGAGGAACUGCUGGUAUCGGAGUCCGGCAGUAUAGUGUCGAGUACCACGGGAAUUCCGGGGUACACGCCAAAAUCCCGAAAGAAGCGAUCUCUGUCCUCGGAAUACAUAGUUGAGAUAAUGGUGGUGGCCGACAGAAAAAUGGCAGACUAUCAUGGAAACGAACUUCACAACUACAUACUCACCCUUAUGUCGAUAGUGUCGAAGAUUUACAAGGACAAGAGCAUUGGCAAUCCGAUGCACAUAUCCGUAGUUAAGCUAGUCGUUCUACGAGACGUGAAUCUCGUGGAGAACCGUAACCGCUUGGGAGGAAUAGCGGCCGCUGAUAUGCUGAAUAAGUUUUGCGAAUGGCAAUCAUAUCACAACGACGAGAGUGAUACCAGUGACAACCACCAUGACACAGCGUUACUGUUGACCAGAGAACACGUCUGCCGAAACCACAACCAAAAAAAAUGCGAUAACACGCUGGGACUGGCCCAAGUAGGCUAUAUGUGUAAACCCAACAGUUGUGCCAUUGUACAAGAUAACGGUCUAAGCGCCGCGUUUACCAUAGCUCAUGAGCUAGGACACGUAUUGAGCAUGCCUCAUGACGACGACGACAAGUGCAAGGAUUACGGCCAAUUAGAUGAAGUACAUCACGUCAUGUCUAGAAUGUUGGGCAACAACUCUCAUCCUUGGACGUGGUCCGCUUGCAGUAGACAUUUCUUGACGGAGUACUUGGACUCUGGCAACGGAAAAUGCCUUCAGGACGACGCAACUAAGGACUAUCUCGAGAACGAUGGACAACUCAAUGAUAGGUACUUACCCGGCGAGAAUUAUACCGAAGACAAACAAUGUGAAUUGCUAUACGGUCCUGGAUCGAAAAUUUGUUCAUAUAUGCCGGUUUGCCAACGGUUAUGGUGUACUACUGGACCGGGCGAGAAAGACGGAUGUCGAACGUUCCACAUGCCUUGGGCAGAAGGGACUCAGUGCUGGAACAGCAAGAAUUGGUGUCAACAGGGAAAAUGUGUGAUAAAGGACCGAAAUGCACUGAAACCCGUCGAUGGCGAGUGGGGAAAUUGGCAGCCAUUUGGCGAAUGCACCAGAACAUGUGGCGGAGGCGUGCAAAAAAGUUACAGGGGCUGUGACAACCCACCACCGUCAAACGGCGGAAGGUAUUGCGUUGGAAAACGGGUAAAAGUUCGAAGUUGUAACACUAGAGACUGUCCCCCAGACGCCCCGGACUUCAGAGCUGAACAGUGCUCGAAGUUCAACAACGAUACAUUCAACCUUCCGGACCUCAAGACCAACGUGCAGUGGCUACCGAAAUAUGGAGGAUACGCAGACGAACGGUGCAAACUAUUCUGCCGCGUUGCAGUUUCUGCGGCUUACUAUAAAUUGAAGGAUAAAGUUUUGGACGGCACUCCUUGCUCACCGGACAGCUACGACAUUUGCGUGAACGGGAUGUGUGAAAAAGCCGGGUGCGAUCACGUGUUGGGUUCGAACAGUCAGCUGGACUUGUGUGGCGUGUGCGGCGGCAACAACUCCAGUUGCGAACAAGUGACGGGAUCGCAUAACAGCUCACAGCAAGGAUACUCAAAAGUGCUCAGAAUACCCGCCGGAUCGUCCAACUUAGAUAUACGCCAGCACGGCUAUCACGGGUCCAGUAAGGACGAUAAUUACCUGGCUUUGAUGGACAGCACCACCGGCGAGUACAUACUUAACGGUAAUUACGUGUUGAGCAUGUUCAGCAAAGUGAUAUUUUACGGUGGUACGGCCAUCGAGUACAGCGGAUCCGACGCGCCCGUCGAACGGAUCAACUCGUCAAGACCGUUGAACAAAGACGUUACAGUUGAGUUGCUGUCAAUGGGAAACUUGUACGCUCCGGAUAUUGUGUACCAGUACACUGUGAUACGGGAAGACCGAGAUCUGUACGUGUGGGCGCUAACCGACGAAUGGGGACCGUGCGACCAAAUUUGCUCCGGUGAACAGUCAAGAGUCUAUGUUUGUAUUAAAAAAGAUACGGGCGAAGAAGCCCGAGGGUACUGCAGUGACCGGGAUGCACCUCGUUCGCAAAAGCAGCCAUGCAAUCUUCAUUGCAAACUGAAAUGGAAAAUUAUUAGCCAUUCCGAAUGUUCGGCGCAAUGUGGCCCAGGCACGCGUACUCAAAGCUCGGCUUGCUUCCAAGAGACCCACAAACGAGCACCGACCCAACUUCCUGACAUAAUGUGUUCUCACAUGCCAAAGCCAGCCAGCAGCAUUCCUUGCACCGGGCUAUGCUUGAAAUCUCGGUGGAAGUUUACCGAAUGGUCUCCGUGUUCGAAGACUUGCGGGACUGGUGUACAACACAGGGAGGCGAGUUGCGUCAACGAUAACGGAGACAGCAGGGAUGAAGCUUUGUGCAAUGUCAACGACAAGAUAGUUUCUAGAGCUUGUGCCAUCGACAAAUGCCCUCAGUGGUCCGUGGGCGAGUGGUCAGCGUGUUCUGUAAGUUGCGGGGAAGGACAAAUGGAAAGGUCGGUGUGGUGUCGCGCUGACGGUGGUAGAGUGUUGUCAUCCGAAUAUUGCGAUUCUAACGUACCGGCCCGAAAGGAUUCGUGCACGAUGCCGAUCUGUCCAGCAUGGACCACGGGACUCUGGUCACCGUGUUCGGUGACUUGUGGGGCAGGCAUAGUCCGACGGAUAGUCAAAUGUAACGUGCCGGAUCAUUCGGCUUGUGCGUUCAUGCCCAAACCGCCUGAAGAGGAGAAAUGCAUGCUACACACUUGUCCGGUUUUGGCGGCGGACGACGAAAGACGCGAGAACGAAAUACUUGGAAACUCGGCCGAAUACGAUUCGAAUUCCAUUCAGAGCAGCAACAAACUGUACUCGUGGCGAACUGACCGAUGGUCAAGUUGUUCUGCUUCAUGUGGCAACGGUUACCGGAGACGACCUUUGGACUGCGUGAACACGGUCACCGGCAAACCGGUCAGCUGGUCAAUGUGCAAGGUCAGGAAUCAGCCGAAACGCAUAGAAGUAUGCGUCGCUCCGAUGUGCGUGACUUGGCACGCGGACGCUUGGAAGGGAUGUUCGACCGAGUGCGGCCAAGGUUACGAAGAGCGUGACGUCACGUGCGUGUCUUCCGUGAGUGGAAAAUUAGUGGACGAGACCCACUGCGUGGUGCACAAGGAAAAGCCCGAGUCCCGGAGGCAAUGCGAAAGCCACAAGAGUUGUAAGCCGGCCGCGAAAUGGAGAACCGGACAAUGGGGUGAAUGUUCCAAAGAAUGUGGAAAAGGUGUCAAGGAAAGAAAAGUGGUAUGUCAGCCUUCCGAUGACAACGACGAAAUGUCCGACGAAGAACUGUGUUCUGAACUCAAACCCGAGUCCAGGGCUUCUUGUAACGAGCAUCCGUGCGAGACUCAACAACCGUAUAUCUCUUGGAACUAUGGCGAAUGGUCUAAGUGUAACGUGACUUGCGGCAAAGGAUACCAGAACCGACAGGUCAGGUGCCAGAACACCGACGGCGUGCUGCUGUCGGCCGACCACUGUGAGGGCCUGAAGAAGCCGGAAACCACGCAACCGUGCCGGGCGUUCGUGCCGUGUGCCAAGACGUCGGCGGUAGGAACCGGCCCGGGGUUGCAGUACAAGUGGCGGACGUCACAGUGGUCAUCGUGCUCGGCGACGUGCGGUCAAGGCGUGCAAAACAGGCGGGUGAGUUGCCGGUACGCGUAUAAGAACGGGUGGAGAGACGCGGUCAAUGAGACGGAAUGCGACGCGGUGGGCAAGCCGCCAGCCGCGCAAAAACCAUGCAAUCUGCGUGCUUGUUUGGCCCCGUCCAACUACAAUUGGCUGCCCGACGAGUGGCGCGAGUGUUCGCACACCUGCGGGAAAAAGGGCCGGCAGACCCGGCGGGUGUAUUGCGUGGAUAAGGCGUCGUCCAAAAAGGCGCGCCGGAAGUACUGCGAUUGGAGCGUGCGGCCCCCCCGGAAACGCAAGUGCAAUCAAAGACGUUGCGCAGGUUUCGCUACGUGCGCCGAUGUCCUGCACAAACUGCCAGCGUCCGUCGACAAGGAGUACAUACUGACCGUGUUGGGCCGAAACGUGUCCAUCUACUGUUACUCGAUGGAUUCCGGAAAGCCAACUGAAUAUCUUACGUUGCCCAAAGACAAUGAAAACUAUUCCGAAAUAUAUGAGAAGAGGCUCAAAGAUCCGAGUACUUGCCCGUUUAAUGGCGAACGACGACAAAGCUGCCCGUGCGACAGUACGCCCUUGCCGUCUUCGGGACUAACCGUGUUCCACAAAAUCCGGUUGAACGUGACUACACUGAGAGUCGAUCCCAAGGAUUACACAUUUUCGAGGCAAAUCAAAGGUAAACUCAUACCUUUCGGCGAGGCCGGUGACUGCUACAGCAAUUCCAAAAGUGGAUGUCCUCAGGGCAGGUUCAGCAUCGACUUGACCGGCACAGGAAUGAGAGUUUCUCACGGUACCACGUGGAUAGGAAAAGGGUCGAACACGUCGUUCUGGGUGAAUAAGAUCGAGGGAAACACAAAAAUAGCCGGCAGAUGUGGCGGCUACUGCGGCAAGUGCGCCCCGGACCAAGGGUUGACUUUGGACGUGGUAACGCCGUAGUAAUAUAGUUAUGCCAUCAUCGAGUUAGGUCUGACUACAGUAUUAUUGUAGAGCGCUAAACAAGCGACUACAACAAAUGAAACUCUAUUUAACGCGUCGCGGUUGUAGAGAUGGGUCGGUUACCGUAAACGCAGUCCCAAACUCGAAAUAGGACUGACCACAACCCAAAAACUAGCAAUUAUUUUUUCAUAAUAUAAUUAUGAGGUUGUAUUAUUUAUAAAAUUUAAAAAACUUGUAUGUAUUUGAAAAGACUUUAAUACAAUUUAUUUUAACGCGCAAUCCCGCGUCCCUCACGGCAAAUAAAAUUGUUUCAACUAUGUUUUGCUUUAAUCAGAUAUUAAAAUGUUUAGUCAACUAAUCGAAAUGUUCUCAAAACAUUAAGAUAAAACACUUUAAAUUAUUUGUCAACCAAUGAUGAUUAGACGUUUCAAAAAUAUUUUUUUUAAAUAUUACAUCGUUAUAACUAUUAAUAAAAAUAUACUUUAAAUUAAUUAUAACAUCUAUAUUUUUUAAAUGUUUGGACGCCAUAUUUGAUUAUUGACCGAUGAAAAACUAAAUAUUUACUGUAUUAUUUCUCUUAAACAUUUAAACCUCAAAUAUUUAACGGUUUUCAUAAAUAUUUUCUACACAUAUAUUAAUUUAUAAAUCUGAAAUAUAUAUAAAUGUGUACAAAAGAAAGUUAAGCGCUUAUAAAAUAAGUAUAAAAAUUAAAUUCCUUUAAAUAAUAUAUAAUUAUUAAUUUCAAUUUUUGUUUAAUAUUAUAACUAAAUUUAUAUUGCUGUGUGGGAGUACAACAAUAACAUAUUGUGAUGAUAAUAUAAUAUUGUUGUUAUGCCUAUUGUUUUUUUAUUUUUGUUGUAAGCGGCUUGCGUUAUUACUUUUUCUAGUUAAUUAUUUAAAAAACAAAAUAUAGUUUUCUUAUAACUUUAAAAAGAUAAUAAUUAAUUAAUUUGUAUUUUUGACGAUCACUGUACAUUUAUAAAACCAUAAUAUCGUCUGUAACAAAAAAACGUAUAAAGUCAACACACUAAUAUAGUAAUCGUGUAUAUAUCGGUAAUGUAAACAUUUGUUUAGUAUUUUUAUUGCAUUUUAUUAUUAUUAAUUCGUAUAAUAUAGUAUUAUCGACCUCGAGUUAUUAUUAUUAUUUUUGUUUAAUGUUAGGUUUUACCUAAUUGUACAUAAUAUUAUAUAUAUAUAUAUUUUUUUUUUACUCUUAAGCAAUCAUGCGCCAAUUAUAUCUGCGUAGAGAUGAUUAAGGUGAUACCUGUAAUUUGUUGUCCGUUUUGGCAUUUUUGUAAAUUAUAAAUCAAAACGAGCCAAGAAGUAACACUAUAUUACUCGUCACUUAUCGCAGAUAUUAUGUUCAUAAUGGUGUUCCAAGCCAAUAUUCGUGUGUUCAGUUUUUAUUUAUUGAUAUUUUUUUUGUACAUUUUUCGUAUACUAUAUUUAUUUAUUUAGCUUUUGUUUAUUAAAAAUAAUUAUAUUUUAUUUGUAUUUUUAUUAUUACCUAUUAUUUAUUAAACGUGUUUAACCGUAAGCUAUGAGUGUGCGCCUUAACUAUAGAAUAACAAACAUAUGAUGUCUUUAUACCUAUACUUACCACCGACCAAGAGUUUGGAUACCUACGCUAUUAGACAAAUUUAUAUAACUGUAAAACAUUUUUUAUUAAAAUAUAAUUUUUGUUUUAUAUAAUAUUGUGCGCAUAGGACACAAUAAGGGGAAAAAUCAUUCUCAAAAACCCGAAGAUUACAUCUCAAUAGAAAUAAAUUGUAAGUGUAUCUAAAUUAUUGGCUAACAGUGUAUGCUUUGUAUAAUCGUAUACUGUACAUACUGAUAGGUAUAUUGUCAAUUGUCAAAAAAUAAUUUUUUGUUGUUGAUCUCUAGUCAUGAUAAUUAUUUGGUCAUAUUAAUCAACACACACACUUAAAUGUAUCGACCCCGUUCAUGCAAAACACAUCCAAAAUUGUAGUUUUGC